AUGGCAAAAUCUACAGAUCCAGAUAAGAUCUCAACUAAGCUAAUAAAACAGGCAGGCGAUACAAUAACUGAAUCACUCCUAGAAGUGUUUAACACUUUAACCUAUCUCUUAGGACAGGUAUAUUUCCCGAUGAUUGGAAAUUUGCCAAAGUGACUGCAAUAUAUAUGUCAGAGGGUUAUUUUCUUAGACCUGAAAAAAGCAUUUGAUGCGAUUGAUUACCAGAUUCUAUUGUCAAAACUACAAGCUUAUGGGAUACGCGAUAACACGCUCAAAUGGUUCCAAUCGUAUUUAGAUCAAAGAAAGCAAAUUUACAUGCUAAAUAACUGUAAAUCUGAUAUUGAAACAAUUCGUUGUGGAGUACCUCAGGGUUCAAAUCUUGGACCUCUAUUAUUUCUCAUUUACAUAAACGACCUCCCAAGCUGCCUAGAAACAACACACUCUAAUUUAUUUGCUUGUGACACAAUUUUAUCAUGUCAAGGGCAUUUAUCCAUAGGUAUUGAAUACAAACUUAACAAAGACCUAGUAAAUGGUCAAAAAUGGUUAUCAGCGAAUAAACUAACAUUAAACAACGAAAAAACCAAAUAUAUGAUUAUUGGAUCUCGGCAACGAUUGAAAAACUUAGAUCACGUGCCAAAAAUCAGUAUAAACGGACAUCAAAUUGAACGAGUUUAUAAAAAGCUUUGGGUAUAGUUAUAGACGAUAGACUUAGCUGGAAUAGGCAAAAUGAAGAACAAUGCAACAAGAUAUCAAAAAAUAUUAAUCUUUUAAGAAAAGCCAAAGAUUUUGUUGGCCUAGAUACGCUCAAAAUUAUGUAUAACGCAUUAGUCGCGCCUCAUUUUAACUGCUGUUCAACUGUUUGGCAAAAUAACAACCAAACACACUUAGACAAAUUAUAUAAGCUUCAGAAACGAGCAGCAAGAAUAAUAACAAAUUCGGACUAUACUAUAAGAUCUUCGGACAUUUUUCAAAAACUUAGCUGGAACCCUCUUGACUUAGUUUUGAAAAAGCGAGAUCUCCUUAUGACAUUUAAAGCGAUUAAUGGCAUGCUUCCAGAAUACGUAACACAACUAUUUCACACUUGCGAAAACAAUGGUUACGUACUGCGCAGUAGUAAUUUAAAGCUGUCUCAACCUAAACCAAAAACGAAUUUCUUGAAAAAUAGCUUUUCGUACAGAGGAGCAGCGUAUUGGAACAACAUCCCAGUAAACUUGUUGAAAACCCUAAGAGAGUCAACAAGUUUAAAAUCUGUCCACCAUCUAUUAAAUAAUUACAUCUUGUAAAUAAGUAAAUAAGUAAAUAAGUAUAUUUUGUAAAUAAGUAUAAUUUAGUUUAUUAGUUCCUUCUUUUAUAAUGCAUUUAUUUUCCGCACGGCCCUUUGAAAAUCACCUAUGUGAAAGGUUACCGUGUUUAAAGAUCAAUAAUAAUAAUAAUAAUAAUAAUAUGCAGGAUUGAUUUCUUACCUACUCUUUACAAACGUUUUAGAGGUUGCAUGUUGGAUUUAAUGAACAUCCAAAUUGCCUGGUACUUUGGUAGUUCAUGAAUUACUUUUUAAAUUUGCACCCUAUGAAUUCAAAUUGUGUUUGAAGCCUUCCAUUUUUGUGCGCAAUCCAUUUUAAACGGUGUUUAAAAACAACCUUCCUGCACUAGAAAAUUUACCUUAUAAAAGUAAUUUAGUGAUGAAGAUACUAGCAGACUCCAGAUAACCCAUGCUUGCAUGAAAUUUUUACAAAUUUUAGCGGACAUUUUCGAACUGCGCAGUGUUUAAAACUCACUGUAUAAAAGAAGCAGAAUGUUUUCCCUCUGUUUUGCCUGUAUAUUAGAAAACGCCUGUCCGGUUGUACGUAGAAUAUGCGUUCUAGUACGUGAACCAGAUAGUAACACAUAUACUGUUAGUAUCUGUGCAGGCUUAUGCUUAGGAUUCUAGCACUGUUUUGUUUAAGAAAUGACAACUAUACCUAGAAAGCAAAAAGCGCAGCUUGUACUGUUAAGAUGAGUUACUACCCACUUAUACAUGUACACUCUAUACCCUCUCCACCACGCCCCCAAGCAAGUAAUAUCUACAUCUUUCACGGAUAAGGAAGGAACAAGGUAAAUAUUCCAAGUACAUAGAAAAAUAGUGUUUUCAGACCAUGAUGUUAACUAAAUUAUUUAACAUCUUAAUUUUUUCUUUUUUGUCACGUGAUAGGAACAAAAACGUUAGGGACGACAUGUUUAAGAAAAUGCCCAAAGAUAUUAUCCCCUGUGUGUGGAUCAAAUGAUAAAACAUAUCCAAACGAAUGUGCUCUUAAAAUUGCUAUCUGUAUAAGUCAUGGAAGAAUAUCCAAAGCACACAACGGACGUUGCAGUGAGUUGAACAUUCUGCAUGAGACUAAUUCAUAAUUAUACUAUAUACAGUAUUACGGUAAAAAAAUAAGCUAUUAAAGGACCAAACAAGAAUGACGUACCACUUCUGUUAUUGUAAACCCCAAACAAUUUCAAUGCAGCCUAACAUCAGGCCUAUGUAUAUACAGUACAUCUCAAUUAGCUCUGUAUAAACACAAUGAUUUACAUGCAUUUACACCAUGUAGUAUCUUCAAAUGUUUCACCCAUGGUGAAACUCAUUACUAAUAAUUAAUGAAGAAAACACAAAAGAAAAUUAAGAAAUCAUGAUCGUGAAGGAGUUUGUAUUGUAUGUUAUGCAAUUAAAACCAUGUUGAUUUACGUAAACUGUAAGUUCAAUUUUCUCACCAAAUACAUUGCAUCACAUUCAUUUAUUUUAAAUUGUUGAAGAAUACGAAUGUUCUCAAUCAAGACGUUUCAAAAGCCAUUCGUGCCCGUGUUGUAUCGGAUAUACAAAACGCUCGCCCUCUGCUCGAGUUUGUAUAUCGGAUACAACACGGCCGCCUCAUGUUGUACAUAGCACUUAAGGUGGCUCCCAACAGUUCUCUAAAAUCUUAAGCAUUUUAGGUAACCUUUGUUUUCAACCAAAUUUGAAAUUUAUAUUGAAUACACUUAAGACAGGGCAAUAUGAUCAUUUCCAGGAGAGUUCAGAAGUCUUAUGCUGUCGAUAUAUAAACAACGAUCUUUUUCCUUCUGUCAAUUUUUCUGAAUAUUUUUUUGAAGAUUUAUGGUUGAUAGAGGAAUAACAUAUUAAAAUUUGAAUGGAGAUUUACAAGACAAGUUUCGAAAUAUUUAUGAAAAACGACUACAGAAAAUUCGUCUUGUAGAAGUUCGUGAAAUUCUGAUGUUUUAAUAAUUGUCAUGCUUAGAAAAUGUACGAAGUUUAAAAAAAUUUCACAGAAAAAACGCGGGGAAAAUAGCCCUAAAGUACAGCUGAAGCUGCUGACGUGCUGAAAAUAUCGAUUCACCAUGAUCGCGUGCGUGCAAAUUAUAAUGCGUGAACAAUACGAAACGAACACUGCGGUAAAACGUCUGCGCAUGGAUGGUCAACCUUACUGAAGUUUGCCUUGCGAAUGUGGUGUCAAGUGUUCCGAAGGUUGUAAAAAGCUCGAAAUGGAAGUGACCAGGAACAACUUCGAUGUUUUGCCUUUUCUGUGAAAAUGCAAGCGAAAUUAUAAUAAAUGUGACAACCUAAAAACUAGCAAUAAUUACAGCCUACAUGUGCAAAAAAUAGUAUUUUUAGUAAUUGUCACUUUGAGUUUUUUCACACAGAUAUUUGAGAUGAAAAUAAAAGAUAUAUAUAAUCAAAAUACGAAAAGUUGAGAAUACAAUAACGCAUUGAAUUAAUCCGACGUUUCUUAAUUUUUUGUGAAAAUCGGUGUGAAAACUUUUCAAAACAUUGAUCUAGAGUUUGACUUUUCGUAUAAACCAACUUGUAACUAUCCGCACUACAGGGUGUAUAAAAAAGCUGCACAGUUCGAUAAUGUCCGCUAAACUUCAAAUUCCGCAAAAUUUGUAAAAAAACAUUAUGCAUCCAUGACUAGUUUGGGGUCUGCUAGUAUCUUUACCGCUAAAAUUAUUUUGAAACGUAGCCUACUUUUUCGAGUGCAGAAAGGCUGUUUUUACAGCCACUUUAAAAAAUGGCUUGCGCACAAAAAUGGAAGACUUUAAAACGCAAUUUGAAUUCACAGGUUUCAAAUUUGGAAGGUUGUUUUAUAAACUAUUGGAGUACCAGAUAAUUUGAUAUACUUAAUGUCCUACGCGCAACCUCCAAAAUUUGGCCCUUUUUGCCAUGAUAGUCUUUCCUGCAUAAUUUAUCACACGCGUGACUGAUUUUUUGCAUGGUUGUUUUAUGCAUGGUUGAUUUCUUGCGUACUCUUUACAAAAAGUUCAAAAAUUAUGCAUAAAAGGCUACUAUGGCAAUAAGCCCAUGUUUUAAAUUAAAGGUCGCGCGUUGGACUUACUGUAAAUCAAAUUGUCUGGUACCUAUGAAUUCAAAUUGCGCAAGCCAUUUUUAAAGUGGUUUUUAAAAACAACCCUGCUGCACUCGAAAAUUUACUUUUUAAAAUAAUUUUAGUGGUGAAGAUACCCGCAGAUCUCAAAUACCAUGCAUGCUUGCACAAAGCAACUUUCACAGAUUUUGUGGAAUUUCCAGUUUUGCGGACGUUUUCGAACUGUGCAAUUUUUUAUACACUCUGUAUAAUCUUUUUAGAUUAAGCGGAUAAAACACUACAUGUGAAUUGAGUUGAAUUACAGGACUUAUGGUGACAGUUCAGGAGUGCCUUGAAGGAUAAAAUAUAAUUUCAGUCCGCGACACUGUUGUUGAAAAUUGUGAGCUUUCUAAAAUACCCUACCGAACGCAUUAGAUACGCAAAAAAAACACUGAAAGAUAGGUUAAAAACUAGUUAACAACACACGUACCGUUCGAAUUUUGAAACUAGUAAGUUUAGGAUUUUAAUAAAAAAACUGACGUUUUCUUUGCAGAUAAAACGCAAAAACAACAUCCCACGCCUUACAGUAUGACUUAUUUAGUUGAUCGUUUACGUUUAAGCGCAACUUCUCCACCUCACUUGCCAGUAUACUGCUGUAAUUAAUGUAAAACCUAUCUAUAUAGAUACAGGGAUCGAUGUUUUACAACACUGACUAAGCGGUGACGCCAUACAUAUUAGAUUGAGUUUCCUUUUUGUUUCAGUCACGAAUAAAGUGUGUCCAGCCUUCUGUCCGAAUAAGUAUGAUCCAGUGUGUGGAUCAAACGGCAAGACUUACCCCAAUCUAUGCAGCUUGCGGUUUGCUGAUUGUGAAUUUGAAAACGACGAAGAAAUAACAUUAAAACAUAAAGGACCAUGCAAGGGAAAAGGUAAACAUUGUAAAGACUAGCAUUUUUAAUCACUUAUAAUAAUGCCUGGGCCAUUGGGUGAUUAAAUUAAAUUUGCAUCAUCGUGAGCACGCGUAUGCAUUUGAAGUUCUUACGGAUUAUAUGUUACCCAUCUUGAUAUUCAAUGCUGUGCAUCAUUAUGCUUAGCGCGCAUACACUAGCGAACUUAAGAUGAGCUAUACUUGUGUUAUUACCCACUUAGGUGUAUACAUUCUAUGCUCCUCCCCUCUCCCAAGUGAUAUUUUCAUCUUCUACUGAUAAGUUAGGAGGUUUGUUGUUUUGAAUAUUGGUAAAUUUCCCAAAGUUGAACUGAUAGGGCGACAUACAGUUAAGGUCAAUUUCUUUAUUUUUUGUAACGCUGAAAAGUGCAAAAAUGUGGACCGUAAACCAACUUUUCAAAUCAAGACCAAUUUUUACUAGUCAUUUUCACAAGUUCGACACGAAACUAUUUGGGAGGAACAAGGCAAAUUUACCAAGUAUAUACUUGGUACAUUUGCCUUGUUCCUCCCAAAUAGUUUCGUGUCGAACUUGUGAAAAUGAGUCGAUGAACAUGCAAGAUCUACAAUCCUCACAAGAAAUAGUAUUUUUUUUACAGUAUUAAAUGCUUUAACACCUUCCUCCUUCUUGUUAGGAACGACAUGUUUAAGAAAGUGCCCAAAGAUAUUAUCUCCUGUGUGUGGAUCAAAUAAUAAAACAUAUCCAAACGAAUGUGCUCUUAACAUUGCUAUCUGUAUAAGUCAUGGAAGAAUAUCCAAAGCGCACAAUGGACGUUGCA